AUGGCGCUCAACUGGGCCAUGCUUGGUCCCGACGGGGCACCCGUACCGCUUCCGAGGGAAAGCACAGUUCUGACGAUCGAUUCUGGCGCCGAGCUAACGGUCUCCAUCCCUGAUGCACCCCCUUCCGGCACUGCUUCUGCGGGCGGCUCUGGAGGAUCGAAGAAACUGAAAGAAGAAGGCCGUGCGUAUCUGACCGACCAAAGACUCGUAUUCGUCUCGAAGAACCUAUCGACCACCGCACCUCUUCAAUCGCUCUCGAUCCCCCUCACGUCCAUCCUGGCCACAAAGUUCGAACAGCCAAUGCUGGGUGCGAACUAUUUGAGUAUUGAUGUACGCCCCUCGCCCGAGGGUGGACUCAGCGACGGAACACGUCUCGAGCUACGGAGCAAGGGCGGACCUCUGUUCCAGUUCGUUAGCGUUCUGGAGAAGACCCGCGAGCGCGCGAUCUACAUGAAGCGUCAGAUGCAAGAGGAGCAGGAGAGCUUACCUGCAUACGCAAGUCCGUCCACACUCGGAGUAGCAUCCGGGCGCCCAGGAGGCUCCAGUACACCGAUGGAUGCGCCCCCAGGGUACGACGAUUGA